AAUGAGUACAGAGUAAUGGUUAGUCUUAAGAUUAGAUUUAUUGCCUAGCAUAGCUUAAGAAGUAGAAUAGAUUUGUACACAUUAUAUUCGUAUUUGUUAUAAUCUAAUAAUUAGAUUUAUGUGAUGAAGUUAGAAAAGGAAAUAAAUAAGCAUACUAAGAUUUAAUAGUAUUAUAAGCUAGAGUUAAUAAUAAUAUAAUAAUAAUAGAUUCGUGGUAGAAUGGAUGAUUUUGAUAAAUUUUAUGAUAGAAACUAUGCUGACUAUCGUAUUGGAUAUUUUGAGAAAAUGAAAUUGAGAUUAAGAAAAUUAAUAAGUCCACACAUUGAUGUUAAUAGAUUAAUAUAUGAGGAAACCUAAAAUUAUAAUCAGCAGUACAUAAAUGAUUCAAUUAAUAGAUCAUCUCCUAUCAAGAAUACAACACCUCCACCUGUUAAGGAUAAUUAAUCAAAUGUUUAAAAAGUAACAGAAUUCGUUUAAGUAUAACAAAAAAGACCUCAAUCACCUCCAAAUAAAAUGACUAAUUCUAGCAAUUAUAAUAGCACAAAUAAACAAAAAUAGGCUACUCCUAUUGCUUAAAAUAAUAAAAAGGCAUAAAAGUAAACUUAACAGGUGAAGACAUCUUAAGUCAAGAGUAAGACAUAAUAGGAUGAAUUAGUGUUUACAAUAAAAAUGAGCAAAGAAGUAAUAUUCUAUGUUUAAUUAAAAUAGGAAUAUUUGUAAUAUAUACAAGCUAAAUAAAAAUAGAGAUGAC